AUGUCUACUGCCUUCAGUCGUGCUGUCCAGGCCUCCUUGAAUCUGGGCUCGGUGUUUCAAGAGUAUGAUAAUGACUCUGAAGUCUUCCGUCAGCGUUUCAGGCAGUUCCAGUACAAAGAAGCAGCAGGGCCUCGUGAAGUUUUCAACAAACUCCGGGAGCUUUGCGGUCAAUGGCUGAAGCCAAAGAUGCGUUCUAAGGAACAAAUGGUGGAGCUUCUAGUGUUGGAGCAAUUCCUGACAAUCCUGCCUUGCGAACUAGAGACGUGGGUUACAGAACAAUGCCCAGAGACUACAGAAAGUGUCGUGUCACUAUUAGAAGAAUUAGAGACCGGACUUGAGAUACCAGAGCCGCAGAUUGACAAGCAUGAAAUGCUCUCGGAAGACUUGGCAGCAGUCAGAAUGGCAGACAUACUACCAGACAUCCACCUGGAGGCACUCCCACUCCAAGCAGUACGACCUGUCUCCACGGCCCCAGUGGCAGAGGCGUGGAUCCCACAGGCAGGCCUGCAGGAGCUGAGCUAUGGCACUGCUGGGGAAGGCCAGCUCUUUCUGGACCCUGCAUAUCCACCACCAAAGCCUGACCCCAUAGAGCCCUGGAUGAAGGAACUACAGGACUGCAUGGAAACGGAACAACAAUUGCAAUGGCUCGACUUCAAGACAGAUGGAAAUGCACUUCUUGAUCCCAGUUUACCAGAAGACUCGGAACAGCCGAAAGAUCAGCUGGGAAAUCCCGCCGAGCAGCUAUCCAGAGAGCACCCAUUGCCUGUCUGUGAUCGGAACCCCUUUCCAGAAGAAAGAGCUGAGAGAUACAACCAGGAAGAACCUCUCAGCCCCGGGGCCCAUGAGCAAAACCGUGCCCAAGAGAACCCACACCAAUGUACUCACUGUGGGAAAGAAUUUAUUUCCAAUAAGGUACUUAAUGGGCACCUGAAAAUUCAUUCGGGAGAUCUUCCUCAUGAGUGCCUUGAGUGUGGGAAAAGAUUCCUUCGUAAGUCCAACUUACAAAGGCAUCUUCGAGUUCACACAAGGGAGACACCCUAUAAAUGCAAUGCAUGUGAGAAGCAAUUCAGUCAGCUGUCACACCUCACAGAACACCAGAAAACCUUUUCUGGUCAAGAAGUAUACACUUGCCCUGAGUGUAGGGAGCGUUUUUGCAAUAGAAAAGGUUUUGCAAACCAUCUAAAAAUCCACACAAAUGGAAGACCUUAUAAAUGUCAUAGUUGUGGAAAAACAUUUAGUCGACAAAGAGACCUUAGUGUGCACCACAUGGCACACACUGAAGAGAGACCAUUCAUGUGUGAGUAUUGUGGGAAAAGCUAUAGACAUAAAUCAAGCCUUGUUUUUCAUUUAAGAACCCAUUCAGGGGAGAAGCCAUAGAAGUGCACUCAUUGUUUUACAAGCUUCAUAAAGAAAGCAUGCUUUAAUAUGCACCAAGCUGCUCACUUCAGAGAAAAUCCUUUGAGCAUUUGUUGA